AUGUCUCUCCGCCUCGCACCCGCAGCGUCGCACCCAACAAGCACGACCAACACCGCAGCCAGCAAACUCUCCUCGACCAACAGCAGCAACAAACGAGACACACUCGACCGCGGCGCACCCUCAGCCCCAGGUCUCCCCGACACACUGCGACUGUCUCUCCAACCCACCCUCUCGUCCAACACAUCAACAUCGACCAUCACAUCCUCGCAUCCCCUGGAAACCCGGCUGCAGAACUGGACGGCCACACAGGAACGCACACAGAUGAACCUACUGCGCCGGAACUUCGGGCUCGCGGAACCGCUGCGUCGCGGCAUGGAGUUGCAUAUGGUGCGGACCAGCGAUUCGUUUCGGCCCUCGGUGCUCGGCAUGCCUGCGAGGGUUCAUGAGGAUAUCCUGUCGGGCAGGGACAACUCGUUGAGCUGGGAAGAUGUCUAUGCCGGGCAGGAUGGUUUGAAUCUCGGGUUGAAUAGUGGCGGUGAUGGCCAGGGUGUUGGUUGGACGGAUGAGAUGGAGCGCAAGGUUGGAAUGGGCAAGUGGUAA